GGGCGAGUUAAAAAAAUGCUGGUGGGUGUAGUUACUGUCAGUCAAGAAGUUGUUUCGCUAGCCCACAAGCUUGGCUGAUUUAAAUACCAGGGAUCCGCCUACGGAUGGAAGGGAAAUUAUUUAUGGGUGAUGUCGGACUGCGAGUUGCUAAAAGUCUGCGGGGCGAGUGGGAAGCUUGCAAACGAGAGAGGAAAGAAAAAUAAUAGCAGCCGGAGACUCGCUGCAGUUGAUUCGACCCGAUCUAAGCCGUCCCGUCCCGUCUCCGGCCGCCAGUCUUCCCUCUCGCUGCCGCGUGGCCCUGCUCAGUGUUAACAUCGGCAAUGUCCACGAAAUUAGUCUCUUGUUUCUACGAUAUUGGAGAAGUUUUAUGCAAGAACAAGAUGAUGAGCUACAAUAACAACAUCAACACAGGCAGCACCGGGGUGCCCCUGCUGGACAGGAAGGCAGUCGGGACACCAACUCUGGUCGACUACCAGAGGCGGCAUUCGGUCACCCUCGGCAACACUAACUCCAAGUUCACACAGAACCAGCUCCUCAACAGCCUGAAGCUGGAGCAGGGUGGCGGCGGCAACGCGGCCAACAAGGAGAACAAGUUCCGGGACCGCUCCUUCUCUGAGACGGGCCUCCAGAAGCCCCAGAGCCAGGUGAACUCCAGCCGCUACAAGACGGAGCUGUGCCGCCCCUUCGAGGAGAACGGCGCAUGCAAGUACGGUGACAAGUGCCAGUUCGCCCAUGGCAUUCACGAGCUGAGGAGCCUGGCCCGCCACCCCAAGUACAAGACGGAGCUCUGCCGCACUUUCCACACCAUUGGCUUCUGCCCCUACGGACCCCGCUGCCACUUCAUCCACAACGCGGAAGAGAGGCGCAUGUCACCCGGGCAUGAUCAGCACCACCUCCCACUCUCCUCCUCCAACAAGGUGGACAGGCCCUGUCUACAGCACAGCUACAGCUUCUCCGGCUUCUCCAGUUCCUCCAAUGGGCUGCUGGACAGUCCCACCUCCAUCACCCCUCCGCCUAUCUUCACCGCGGAAGACCUGAGCUCCUCCCCCACCUUGCCGAGCUGCGCCAGCAACCCUUUCACCUACUCAAGCCAGGAGCUGGCUAGCCUCUUCGCGCCCAGCAUCGGCAUCCAGGUCCCCACGGUGUCCACCAAUGGUGGCGCCCACUCCCCCACUUCGUUCCUGCUCCGCCCCCUGGCCGAGUCGCCCCAGCUCUUCGAGCCUUCGCCCAGCCCCCCCGACUCGUUGUCCGAUGAUUGCCUCAGCAGCUCCGGCAGCGUGAGCGGCUCCGAGUCACCAGUCCUUGACUUUAACAAGCGCCUUCCCAUCUUCAGCAGACUUUCCAUCACGGACGACUAGCUCGGUUCCUCCUUUUCCCCCCAUCCCGAGCGCCGGAAGAAGCGGAGAGCUGUCAGCAGUAACGAAACAUAGCCCUAAUCUGAGCAAGCAUUUAAGAUGGACCUUUUAUUCCUUAAUGUACCAGUUAGCCAGCCUUUGACCCACUACCCAGGUUAGAAUUGACUUACCAGCUAUGUACCAUAUCCACUGAUGACCUACAAUCCAACUGUUGAGUUUUCACUGUGAUCAGCAGGGGUACUGCACAUUUACUUAGCUCUCUUUGUUUUCUGUGAUAAGAAAUUCAAUUUUUGGAAAUGGAUUGAUUUCCCCACCUCCCCUACUCAGUACGUUCCUGAUAUGUCAGCAGUUUGGGAUUUGCAGAGAAUUGUCAUCCCAGCACGAUCUGUUAGGUUUGGACUGCCUGAUUGGAUUGGCCCAGUUGAGUCGAGGCACUUUGUUGAAAGAGUUUGACGUCAAACAGCUACCUAUCUGCCGGACUGUAAAAGUCCAUGUGUUGUCGAAGAGAAUUUUGUUUUAAAAAGAGAACUGCGUGGUGUAAUUAUCAGUCAUUUGCUGAAACAGAUCGUUGAUGUAGCAGAAUCUGGAUUUGAUACCCCUUUGCAGUAACUUUCUGUGCCCUCCCUUCUGGAGUUGCUGCAUUGUCUGUGACAGUGGCCUCUCCAUCCCCUCCCAAAGUGCCUUUGCACAGUUUGGGUGAUCUUUUUGGUGGGGAUGAUGCUUGUACACAUCCUACUCUGAUGCUUUUGUGAAAUGAACCAGGUAUCAGGACACCUCUGCCUAACCAUCUUUCACAAACCUCCCAUUAGUACCGACUCUGCUUACCUCGUUCCUCACCUUGCUUUGCCCCUCCAUCUAAGUCCUCUAAUGACAAUCUAUCAACACCAGGGACUGGAUUUGAACAAGCACGGCGCUGAUUGCUUCCAUUAUAGCCACUGGGAUUGUUCUACAGGAGGUGUUACCUUGCCUGGGAUUGACAAUUGCUGGUGACUUACUGUUACAAUUCUGGCUGACUUGUUUCUGAGCACCUGUUGGACAAAACAACUGUAGGAAUUAGCCUUUUUUUGUGUUAUGGGAGGGACAGGGAAAAUUUCCUUGCAGGGGUUUAAAAAAAUAGUUGGAUAGUUGGUAUUCCAGCUCCCCAAUGGGUGGGGAGGGGAGGGUGAGAGAUCGUAUAACCAGCUAGUCUUCAGCCUUUGACUUGUGCCAAGUUAAUUCAUUUUAUUUCCUUUUGUUUUCCUUUUUUUUAAAAAAGUUCUGCAGAACAUUCAGAAAGGAUUUAAAAAUAUCGCUUGUCACUGCAUUCACUUACACAUACACACAAAAAAAUGCUUAUUUAACUUAUCAAAAACAUAUUUAUUGCAAAACAUAUGCAUUUUUGUUUGUAUUUAUCACAAUGACGAACGAUAGAAAUAUAUUUUUCUUUUAUGUUUAAAUUAUGAUCUUAUUAAUCUUAAAAUUGUGAGGUUUUUCCUUUUCUUAUUUUCGUUUUCACAGUUUAAUAUAUUAUACUACAAUGACGAGGGUUUUUGUAACUUUACUCUUCAGUUAUUUUAUUUAAUAAAAAAAGUAAUUUAAAAACACAAAAACAUUUGAAUUUAUUUAUUUUUUAGUUUUCCCUCCCUGCCCCCUUCCUUUUUAAAAUAAAAUAGUUUUUUUCUCAUGUAUUUUUAUGUCAGCCUUGUGUUUACUGCCUUUAAGCUCUUGUUGCCAACGAUGGCCUUGUACUUUAGGCUUUUGGGUCAGCUUCCAUAAUGCAAGAGACUUAAGAAAGUGCAGACUCAGUACUGUGACACAAAAGUGCCUGUUGAACACAUUCCAAGCAUUGAUGUAUGCUUUCCGUGUAAUUAAUACUUAUAUUGGUAGGUCCUGCCCUCUUUUAGAGAGAAACAAGCAGGACUUGGCACAAAGAGAAGUUGAAUGUAUUUUUUCUCAUUGUUCACUACAUUUGUUUAUUUUUUAAUGUCUGUUUAUACAGAAUGCUUUUGUAAUGACUGGUUCUGAUGUAAACCAAUAAACCCCAAUGUUUUUUU